AUGAACCCGGUCGCCAGGCGCACAGCGUCGCAUCUUCUCCGAAGAUCUCACUCCUCAGGACUUGCGACAGGAUGCCGACGAUGGAACUCGACAUUUGAGCAGAGACAAUGGUCGACUCCGCUUGCGCGGACACUGGCACAGGCCAUGAAAGUUACCGGUCCUAUCCCGAUUGCAGCCUUCAUGCGCCAGGUCUUGACCUCCCCAGAAGGCGGAUAUUACACGUCACGAGAGAGCGGCUCGGUCUUUGGCAAACACGGUGAUUUCGUCACGUCACCAGAGAUCUCGCAGGUCUUUGGGGAGUUGGUUGGCAUAUGGACGAUAGCGGAAUGGAUGGCCCAGGGCCGGAAAAAGACCGGUGUUCAGCUGAUGGAGGUUGGACCGGGGAAGGGCACUUUGAUGGAUGAUAUGCUUCGGAGGGCUGUGGCUGUGGAACAGACUUUCCGGAACUUCAAAAGCUUCUCUUCCAGUGUCGAGGCGAUUUAUUUGGUUGAAGCAAGUGCAUCACUAAGAGAGGUGCAGAAGCAGCUUCUGUGUGGAGACCGGGCUGCUAUGGAGGAAACGGAUAUCGGUCAUCGCAGUGUAUGCAAGUUCUUUGAUGUGCCGGUUAUCUGGGUCGAGGAUAUUCGCCUGCUGCCACAUGAGGAAGGCAAGACGCCCUUUAUAUUCGCGCAUGAGUUCUUUGAUGCCCUUCCAAUCAACGCCUUCGAGUCUAUCCCCCCGGCACCCGAGAACCAAACCCCAGACCAGCCGCAGCAGAUCAUGACUCCCACGGGGCCAGCCAAGCUGCACAACCCACCCAAGCCUGCCAACACGCCGCAAUGGCGGGAAUUGCUCGUCACGCUGAACCCAAUGGCAGUGGACGAGAACAUCGAAGGAGAGCCCGAGUUCGCAUUAACCAAAGCCAAAGCAUCCACGCCUUCAUCUCUAGUGAUCCCCGAGAUCUCAACGCGCUACCGCGCGCUCAAAUCGCAGCCGGGAUCCGCCAUCGAAGUCAGUCCCGAGAGCCGGAUCUACGCCGCGGACUUCGCCCGCCGCAUUGGCGGUGACACUGCCCCGUCGCAGCCAUCUCAAUCCACCUCCACUUCUACUUCUACUUCUACUUCUACUUCCAGUAUAACCACGCCGCCGACGAAGAAAACCCCGUCCGGUGCAGCCCUGAUCAUGGACUACGGGACACAAUCCACGAUCCCCAUCAACUCGCUCCGUGGAAUCAAGAAUCAUGAGAAAGUGCCCCCGCUCUCGGAACCGGGCCGCGUCGACGUCAGUGCAGACGUGGACUUUACGUCGCUGGCUGAAGCUGCUAUUGAAGGUAGCGAGGGCGUUGAGGUGCAUGGCCCCGUGGAGCAGGGUGAUUUCCUGGGGACACUUGGUAUCGCGGAGCGCAUGCAGCAGCUUCUGCGUGGAGUUGAAGACGAGGAGCGACGUAAGAACCUCGAGACAGGGUGGAAGCGGCUGGUCGAGAAGGGUGGUGGGUCUAUGGGACGGAUUUACAAGGUAAUGGCUAUCGUGCCGGAGAAUGGUGGGCGGAGACGUCCUGUUGGGUUUGGUGGUAGUGUCCUGGGAUGA